CUGGAUAAUUAUUAUUAUUAUUAAAAAUAAAAUAUUUCCAAUUUAAUCAUCAGUCUCUUCUAAAUUCAGAAUUUGCGGCUAAACGUGUCGGUCAGCGAGUAAACAUGGUUAUUUAUAUAUCUUCAAAUCACAAUGUGUAUAAUUACAUAUCUACAAAUAUUUUAUAGCUUGAUGGAACGAGUAUUCUAUUCAAAUUCUUUUUCUCUUUUGCAAAUCAAGAAAAAUUUUCUCAGCAACAAGCUCAAAAAGCUCUAUAUUACCCAUGGAAUCACAAAGGAAAGAACAAAGUCUCUCUGAAGCUUCUGUCAUAGAUUCUGCAGCAGAGGCCUCUCCACUGUUGAACUCAAAUGAGAACAGACAACAACUAUUUGAAGAAGAAGAAGUUCAGUUGAAUCUACAGCUCACUAGAAAUGAAACCAAUGAUGAGUGCAAUCAAGAACUUAACCUUAUAGAUUGCUUCACUACGGAUUCAUCCAGAACUUCAUCAGAAACUCCUCAAGCAACUCAUGAUGAUGAACAAAGACUCUACUCAUGCAACUAUUGUCAAAGGAAAUUUUACAGCUCACAGGCUCUUGGAGGACACCAAAAUGCUCAUAAAAGAGAGAGGACGCUGGCCAAGAGAAACAAAACAUGGACUCAUAACGUCGCCAGAGCUUUUGAGCACCACCAUUAUUAUUCAAACAGUGGAUCUCUUGGGAUUCAAGUGCACUCGACCAUCCACAAGCCUUAUCACGUAUCUAAUUCUGCUAAUGGGUUCGCAAAUAUUUAUGGAAAUGGCAGCUGGUCUCGGCCCCUUAUUGACCAGCAACCAGCCAUAGGAAGGCUGUUCACGGAUAGUUAUCGUAUAAAUGCAUCGUCAUUGCCAACGGUGACUUCACGUGCUGGCGUCGGUAGGUUUAACUUAGAGAAGAGUAGUUUCGUGGGCUCCCCUGCCGACCAGGGAAUUGUCGAUUGGUGGCUACCAACUGAUCAGGAUGAGUUGCAAAAGCUUGACUUGUCCCUCAAGCUCUAAGUAAUGUUAAGUCACCUUUGAAUCGAUAACAUGAGUUGGUAGUGGGAUAAACUUCAUGAAGAUAGAUUUCUUAAUAAAUGGAAGAAACUGUUUAUUAGUCUUCAGAA